AUGCUCAGAAACUCAGUCUCUGGUGACCUUCCUGCACCUGCAUCUAGCCCAAUCGCGAAGAAGGCUUCUACCACUGGGCGAAUCCGAGACAAACUCCAGACUUUCGUUCGAUCUCGUUCUUGCUCGAAGACCGAUGUUAUCACUUCUCAGAAUCUCCCCCAAGUGACAGUGUCACCGCCAACCACCGGCAGCAAUGAUAUUUCAUGCCAGAUAUCUUCGGAACAGCUGCCGAAACAGUCGCUGUCCGCCAUUCGAUCCUUGCCUGGCACGACACUGACGCCCGAGCCGUCGAGCACGUCGGAUGGCGGUGCCGAUUUAUCUGCACGUUCGUCUACAAGCUGCAGUAAAUCCGCUAAGGGCGUAACGAGCAGUAAUCGCUCGACCACCAUGAUCCCUGACCUCGGCGCGCCGAUGCGGAUCCCCCGCGUCUUCGGUGGAACUCCUGUUUCGAAUGUUGGUGAUGGUUGGAUGAAGUACGUGCACUUUAGUGGAGGCGUAUACUAUUACCACGCCACGUACCGACUCUUGACGCCGGACGAUAUGGAGGACCCGGGGUGCCGGCGUGCGGUACUGCGGUCUCGCAACGAGAUCCUCAACACCCUGAUUGAGGAUGGCAUUUUACACUGCGUCCCCAGCAAUUCCGAGCUGCUUAUUAGCGAUGCAGAGUGCGGGGAAGAGCUUUCUUCCUUCCUAUGCCAGGGUCAGUGCAAGUUGAUUGAGUUUCCUGAACGAGGCCCAGAUGUGAUCAUCCAAGAGAAAACACCUGCGUACUGGUUCUACGUUGAGCAGUAUCCAAUGCACCUGGGUCACGUUCCACCGAUGGCGGAGGCAGACUUCCUCAUUGCUCUCACUUAUGGAGCCUAUGAGGGCAUUAUGGAAAACAAAAAUAUAAUGUUUCCUUACACCGAUGCGCAAAUUGAACAAUUGAUGACGCUCUAUCGACGUUUAAAGCGUGCUUCAAUGAGUAACCGUGCAGUUGUACCUGCAUUCAUCUGGCAUAUCGCACGAAUACUGUACAACGUUGAGUCCUUCAAGCUGCGCGGAAAAACUGAGAACAAGCCGGGCUUCAAUCUACAGCGGAAGCCGAACAUCGUGCGAUCAACGUGGCAGCUCAAGGCUGCGGACGCCGUGCUGAUGGUACUUCUGUUUGGCACGCAUCGAACCUAUCUCCGACGCUUGUGCGAAGCUAGGGUGGAAGAUUCUGCAUAUUUGCUCGACUUCAGGGAGUCAUUGAAGCAAUUUUUGGAGGAGUGGUCAGACUCCAACCUUCUCGCUACCGUGUUUGUAGGAGCAAACGUUGGCUUCCAGCAGAUCUCGGGCAUCGACGGCGUGCAGAAGACUGCAUCGUUGGCUUCUGCCAUUUUUUCAGUUCUCAGUGUGCUCAUCGGAGUACACCAUGUCUGGAGACAUCGCGGAAAAGUGAACACGGACAUCAUCGAUGCUGUGAAGUACGUCAACUAUGCCCGUGACGCGGAAACGCCGAGCAACAAGAUAGAUGACCUCGCCUUCACUGCGGCCUUCCUGGCUACUCCAAUCGCCGCGCUCCUCUGGUCGGUGCUUUGCUUUACCAUCGCAGUUGGAGCAUACUCCAUCCAGAACACUGACACCACGGCAAUGCUGCUCCUUGCCACAGUCCUGGGCAUCGUGGGAUUCGUAGGCUUAGUUACGUUGCUGUUCUUCUGGCACGUCUGGAAGAGUCCAGAGUCGGAAAGGCCACCGACUCCCCGUAACGUACCCAUCCAGGCAGGCGGCAUGCCUCAGUGGAGAACGGUGUUACUGGAAUACCUCAAAUGUUGGAGACGGAACAGUAGGAACUGCAGCAAGGAUUGA